AUGCUCAUUUGUGAUCUGGUUGCACAAUUGCCAGGAAGUCAGACGGUUUUGCCAAUCAAUGUGAUUACUGCACUGGUAGGAUCACCUGUUGUGAUCUGGAUUAUUGCAGGGCCUACUAAAUUAAGAGGAUUCUAAUGGAAGCGCAAACCACAUUAUUACAGACCUCAGCACUAGCCAUAGGUUACAAAGCAGGAAAAGGGAAGUCCAAAGUCAUUGCCGGGCCUUUAAAUUUAGAACUUCAUGCCGGGCAGCUUGUUUGUCUGCUAGGCCCGAAUGGUUGCGGUAAAUCUACACUGCUCAGAACUAUCUCUGGAUUACAACAGCCAUUGAAAGGUGAAAUUAUAGUGGAAGGUGGAGCGCUGAACAAGCUUAAACCAGCACAAGUUGCAAAAAAAAUAAGUCUGGUACUCACUGAUAAUGUCAGAGCUGGUAACCUGGAUGUUUAUUCGCUCAUUUCAUUGGGGCGUUAUCCUUAUUCAGGGUGGUUAGGCAUAUUGACUGAACAUGACAAACAGAUUAUUGAACAGGCUAUAAAAGCCACAGAUACCGAAGCUUUUAUAGGCAGAAAAAUGGAUAGCCUGAGUGAUGGAGAGUGUCAGAAAGUGAUGCUCGCCAGGGCAAUGGCACAAGAUACCCCACUGAUUAUUUUAGAUGAGCCUACUGCUCACCUUGAUUUGCCCAGCCGGAUACAACUGAUGCGUUUAUUGCAUCAGCUUGCUAAAGAAACCAAUAAAGCGAUUUUACUUUCUACACAUGAACUUGAUUUAGCACUGCAGGUUGCUGACCAGAUCUGGCUGAUGAGCAGCGGCGGACAGCUGGAUGCCGGGUUGCCAGAAGAACUGGUUUUAAACGGGGCUUUUCAACAUGCAUUUGAGAAAGAUGGAAUUGUCUUUGAUGCGGCGAGCGGCACCUUUAAUAUUCAUUAUGCAGGGAAACGCGGUAUUAAAGUGACAGGAGAGGGCGUUGCUGCUUUCUGGACUAAAAAGGCUCUGGUCAGAAAUGGCUUUAGUAUAGCUUCAGCAGCAACUCAUCCCCUGAAUGUUUCUAUUAGCGGAGAAGGAGCAGAUACGCUCUGGACUGUACAAAGAUAA